UUGCAAUGUCCACCGGAUUAUUCUUGAGCCACCGCACCUGUCGAUCACACCUAACUGUGCAGCCUGCUGUAACCACGGCAACUCCCUUCUAUAGAUCAACGGUUCACCCAGAAUUUGGCUUUCUCUGUGUCUCCGCUGAAACAGUGUAGGGCGUGAACAACAGAGGGAUUGAAUUUGUAGGUUUGGUCGGUAGUGUGAAUAUAACGCUCACGCUUCGCGUACGGGACAGACAGACCUACAUUUGAUACGGAUAUUGAUGCUAGCCUACUUGGGUUUGUGACUGGCUGGAUUUUGCCCUCAGCGAUAGAGGUAGGGAUGAAGGGAGAUUGGAAGUCGUUUGCUCACAGUCACUUCGAGCUCCUCCCAGCGUGGCAGGCGCCGUUCAGCAGCAUCACAUUUGUUCAAUGAAAGCGAGAGGGCACGAGAGAAAACAACGGUUUCCACUCUAACCAACUGCCAUAUCAACGCCACUUUUGCCUUCGCCAAGCAGGGGGUAGUAUGAGGAAGCCAUUUCCUGCACCUGGCCCCUGAACACACCCAGGAUCCUCUGACAUUUUAAAAUGGACAGCAGCAGCACCAUGCCUCCUCGCCUGUGGUAAAUUCAGAGUCCUUCUCUCUCUCUCUCUCUUUCUCUUUCUCUCUCCCUCUCUCUCUCUCUCACUCUCUCUCUCUCCACUUCUGCCUCUUUCUCUCUGUCUGUAUCUCUCGGUCUCUCUCUUUCUAUCUGUCCCUGCCUCUCUCCCCAUCUCUCUCCCUCUCCAUCUCCAUCUCCCUGUCACUCUCUCUCUCUUUCUGUCUGUCUUUCUCUCUCCCUCUCUCUCUCUCUCUCUCUCUGUCUGUCUGUCUCUCUCUCUCUGUCUCUCUGUCUGUCCCUGUCCCUCUCUCUCUCUCCCCCCCCCCCCCCCCUGGCGGUUGAAGAGGACAGCCGGCCCGGUGCACACUCAUGGGUCUGAAGCUCCGCGCGGCGGACGCGGCGGCCGUCGGCUCCGUGCCGGAAGAGGGCCGCGGCGGCGGGCGGCCUCGGAAGCGGCCCGUCCGCAGGAAGCUGAGGCCGGCGCGGGUGCUGUGCUUCCUCCUCGUCCUCCUCGCCGCCAGCGCCGUUGUCUCCCUCGGCGCCCUGACGUGGGUCGCCGGGGGGGACCCUCCGCCCGGGGACGGGCGCGAGCCGGGACCCGCCCCCGGCCGGUCGCUCCUCUCGGCCGAUCGGGACGAGUCGAGCGGCGGCUCCACCGGCGGCCCGCCGACGGCGCUGAGGUGGUCGAGCGGCAGCGGCGGCGGCGGCGGCAACGGCAGCUUCGAGAUGCAGGGGGACUACCCGAGCGACCUGUUCAGCCUGGAGGAGCGGCGGAGGGGCGCGGUGGCCCUCCACAUGUUCGGCAUGCUCUACAUGUUCAUCGCCCUGGCCAUCGUGUGCGACGAGUUCUUCGUCCCCGCGCUCACCGUCAUCACCGAGAAGCUGGAGCUGAUGGACGACGUGGCGGGCGCCACCUUCAUGGCGGCCGGCGGCUCCGCCCCGGAGCUCUUCACCUCCGUCAUCGGCGUCUUCAUCUCCCACAGCAACGUGGGCAUCGGCACCAUCGUGGGCUCCGCCGUCUUCAACAUCCUCUUCGUCAUCGGCAUGUGCGCCAUCUUCUCCCGCGAGAUCCUCAACCUCACCUGGUGGCCGCUCUUCCGAGACGUGUCGUUCUACAUCGUGGGCCUGAUCCUCCUCAUCGUCUUCUUCCUGGACAACAAGAUCACGUGCUGGGAGAGCAUGGGCCUGCUGCUGUGCUACUCCAGCUACGUCACCUUCAUGAAGUUCAACACCAGCAUGGAGAGCUUCAUUAAGACCCUCCUGAACCGCAACCAGGUGGACGAGGUGGAGGCCAUGCCCAAGUUGGAGUCUUCUGCAUUGCUAACCAAUGCAAGCUACACCCCCCCCGGAGAGCAGAGUCCGGGCCAAGGGGACGAUGGGACCAAGCUGUCGGCCAGGCCCCGCCUCCAGAGAGGGGGUAGCUCUGCCUCCCUUCACAACACCCUGAUGAGGAACAGCAUAUUCCAGCUGAUGAUCCACACCCUGGACCCACUGAGUGAAGUUUCCUCAGAAUUUGCGGAUUCCGAGCUCGGGACGUACGGAAAGCUAAAAUAUUAUCAGACAAUGACCGAGGAAGGAAAGUUUCGGGAAAAGGCGUCCAUUCUCCACAAGAUGGCCAAGAACAGGUGCCCAGAAGAUGGGGACAAGUCUAACGGGGUCCCGGGUCACACCGACAUGAACCUUCCCAACAGCUCCAGCGUGGAGCUGGAGGUGACCCCCCCUAUGAACGGCACAGCGGGACAGGACACGAGUGAGGAGGACGAGGAUGAAGACCAGCCCCUCAGCUUGGCCUGGCCAGAGACGCCUCGUAAACGCAUCACCUACCUUCUGAUCCUGCCCAUUGUGUUCCCCCUGUGGCUCACCCUGCCGGACGUCCGGAAAGAAAAAUCCAGAAGGUUCUUCCCCGUCACUUUCCUCGGCGCCAUCUCCUGGAUCGCGGCGUUUUCUUACCUCAUGGUGUGGUGGGCGCAUCAGGUAGGAGAAACCAUUGGGAUUUCGGAAGAGAUCAUGGGACUGACCAUAUUAGCAGCCGGGACCUCCAUCCCAGACCUGAUCACCAGCGUCAUCGUGGCCCGGAAGGGGCUGGGGGACAUGGCCGUGUCCAGUUCUGUGGGGUCCAACAUCUUUGACAUCACAGUAGGCUUGCCGUUUCCGUGGUUACUCUACUCCCUCACGCACGAGCUGAAGCCGGUGACGGUGAGCAGCAACGGCCUGUUCUGCGCCAUCGUGCUGCUCUUCCUCAUGCUCAUCUUCGUCAUCAUCUCCAUCGCCUCCUGCAAGUGGCGGAUGAGCAAGCUGCUGGGGCUGAUCAUGUUCCUGCUCUACUUCAUCUUCCUGGUCAUCUCCGUGAUGCUGGAGGACAAGGUCCUGGUGUGUCCCGUCUCCAUCUGAGGCAUCCGCCCCUCCUCCGCGGUCCGGACACCCUCGCGCGGGACGGGGAGACGG